AUGAACUUUGAGAAGUUACUACAGGAGAGGCUCUCCACGAAGUCAUUUCUAUUACUACUGGCCUUAUGUUCUCCAUCAGAUGAGGAGCUAUAUAAUGUACUAGGCACCACAAAAAAUGACCAUCAAAUUCAAUUGAUAAUUGAUUGGUCUUUGACAACAAAAUCAAAAAGUGAACAAUUUUGGAAUAUUUUGAGGAGUAUUGAUGAACCAAAUAGGUAUUUACAGAAGUUUAUAGGAGCAAAUGGAGAUAAAUUUGUUUAUGAUAAUUUUAUAAAGUUCGCUAAAACUCAUUUGGAAAAUCCUGUGGUGUUGCAGUUAUUUGGAACAUUCAAUCUUGUUGAUGAUGAUUUAAUUGAGAUAUUUACACUUUCUAACAACCUAAAAAUUCAACACUUAUUAACAAACUCACAAUUACAAAAACUCACUGACUUAAAUCUCAUCACUCAAGAACAUUCAGAAAUUUCACUAAAGCUAAUCAAAGUUGAUGCUUUUUAUGAAGUUCGUAGAAAAAUGUAUAUUUAUCAAUUAACCAAAGACUUUACCAAAUUACAAGCCAGCCCAGAACAAAUAUUAAAACAUUUCAAAACAUUAUGUACAGGUGAUGUAUCACAACAAUUAAUGGAGUCGUUUCCAAUAACCACUGGCUAUCAUUUAUUUAAUGUUGAGAACUUUAAACAAGAAAAAGUGCCAAACAUCAUAAAAUUGUUAAAUGAAGAACCACCAAUUGAUAAUAGACCACCACCUAAUCUCAAAAAAUUAAAAGAACUAAUCAACGAAGAUGGAGAAUUUUCAAUUGAUGAUGAAUUAUUUAAAUUUUUUCAAUCACUAAUACAAAGUUCAUCACAAUUGGAAUAUACUCACAUAAUCCUAAGUUCAAUUGACGAUUUCAUCUCCACCAAACAAUUUGAUAAAUUAAAUCGUUUGCUACUUGCAUUAAUCAACACAAAAGAUUUAAUAAACAUCAUUUUGUUCCAAAGCGGUUAUUCCAUAUUAUAUAAACUCCUAGAUUAUAUCGACUUUGAAUCUUUCAAUUCAGAUGAUGAAUUUCAAGAGCUAUAUUCAUAUUGUAGUAUUGGCUUACUAACCAUCAUCUACAUCAUUGAAAUCUUUCAAAUCAACUUAUCAAAUUUUGAAAUAAAUUCAUUUACAAUUUCAUUUUUAAAUAAUUUUUAUUAUAGAUUAAUUGAUAAUUUGACAAAUAAUUUACCAGAAUUAGAUAAUGAUGAACAAACAAUUAUAACAAAUUAUAACAAUUUAACUAUUGAAUGGAUAACCGCAUUAUUCAAUGCAGACGAAGGAUUGUCAGAUGAUUUAAUUAAAAGUUUAAAUAUAAAACAAAUUUAUAAAUUUAUGCCAAUAAUUUAUAAACAAGCAAUAUUAGCAACUGAUAUUGGAAGUAUAUCUUUUCAAAUGUUAAAUAAUGGAUUAGAUUAUUUGUCACAGACGUUUUUAUUACCAAUAACUGUUUGCUUAAUUAAAUGGAUAAAAAGAAAUGGUAAUGAAUUACAAUUUAAAAUAGAUUCAAUUGAUAGUAAUGUUGUAAAUGUAAUAAAAGAAAUAAUAAAUCAUAACACUAAUGUAGUGGUUGAUAAGAAUAUAAAUUUUUGGGAUAAUUUUAAAACUUAUGAUUUUAAUAAAUUUGAAUUAUUAAAAAAUAAAAAAUUAGAAACUAUUUAUUAUAUAAUUCAACAAACUGCUUUUAUAACUGAGGAGUCUAAGUUGUUCAUAAAUGUAUUGAUAUCAUUUGUUGUUUCUGAAUCAAUAAGUAAUGAAAAUGAUAAAGAAUAUUGGAAAAAUCAACUAACAAAUAACAUACCAUCAUCACAAGCUCCUCCACAAGAAUCUUCAUUUACUUCAUCAAUAGAUAAUCAUUAUUCAUCAAUUUUCAACGAUGAUCAAAAAGACGUUGAUGAAAUAGAUGAAUUUUUUAAUGAAGAAGAUAUAGAAAUGAAAAUUUCAACAAGUGAACAAUUACAAAAACAAUUCUCAAUAGCUUCAAAAAUAGAUUGCUUUUUAUAUUAUUUUAUUAAAAUUAAAAAUUCAAUUAAUGUUACUAAUUUAUAUUAUAAUACUGUUAAUACAUUGGUCGAAAAAUUUAUAGAAGAAAUUGAUAAUUUUGAAAUAUAG